AUGAAGUCCGCAGUUGCCGCCGUCGGCCUCAUGGCCUCCCUCGCCAGCGCCAGCGCUUACCAGCCCCGCCACUUCCACUGGCGCCGUGACAACUCCACCGCUCCUGCCGGCCCCGGCUACACUACCCUCACCGUCCAGGUCACCGAGGUUGCCACCGUCACCUCUUGCGCCCCUACCAUUACCAACUGCCCUGCCCGCAGCGGUACCCUCCCCGCCUCUGACCUUAUCACCACCGUUGUCACCAACACCGUUGUUCUGACCGAGGUUGUCUGCCCCGUCACCGAUGCCGCCAGCAUCUCCCAGUCUGUCAUCCAGGAGCACUCCACUGGCAGCCUCCCCGGCACCACCCUGACCGGACCCGCCGCUACCCCUACCGCCCCCGGCGCUCCCCUUACCACUGCUCCUGCCAGGACCAACUCUGCUCAGGACCCUACUGCCACCAAGCCCCCCGGCGACGACGAUGACGACGAGGACGAUGACUGCCCCGCCGAUGGCGACGUCGAGACCUCCAUCACCGAGAUCGUCAGCACCAAGACCCUCACCAUGACCGUUGGCAAGGGCUCUACUGCCUCCGUCGUCACCACCGCCGUCGAGACCACCGCCACCUCCACCGUCCUUGUCACCAAGCCCUACUCCGAGGGUGCUGAGAAGCCCACUGGUGCUGUCACCGGCGUCGGUAGCGAGGAGCCUACCACCACCACCACUGCCACCUCUACCGGUACUCGCACCGUCACCAUCAAGCGCCCUGGUGCCUCUGAGCCCGCUGCCCCUGGCAACCCCGGCAACACUGGCUCCGGCGAGUGCCCUCCUGCUGUUACCGUCACCCUCCCUGCCUCUACUGUCUACGUUACCAUCGGUGCUUCUUCCGUCCCCACCGCUCCCGCCGGUGACAACGGCAGCAGCAACGGUUCCGGCUCCGGCUCCGGUCAGACCGCCUCUGCUGAGGCCCCUACCAGCUCUGAGGCCGCUGGUGGUGACGACGACGAUGAGGAUGACUGCCCUGCUGAUGAGGAGGAUGACGAUGAGGAUGAGGAUGACUGCCCCGCUGACGACGUCGUCACCGUCUCUUCCACUGUCACCGUUGCCCCUACCGCUGCUCCCUUCCCCACCAACGGCACCAGCGGUGUCGCCCAGCCCACCGGUGCUGCCCAGCGCCGCUCCAACAAGCUCUUUUAA